GCGGUUCUAAAAUCAGCCGUCCUCGUCCUCAUCGACUCCUGCUCCUGCCUUUUCAUUACCAGACACGGCGGAUGGAAUGGUCUCAUCGCAUGAUUCUCCCCUCUUGUUCCCAUCGCUCUUGGGUUUUCCUUACGGUUUUUCUAUUUCCGCAGCCCUCGGUAGGAUUUUACCAGAGGCAUUCACUAAUCCCCGGUUAUUGCAGACCCGACCAUAUGGGGAGACCUAUAUUUAUAACGACAAUGGGCGUAUGAAAUCUCUGACGCGAUUGGCUUACAUCUCGGAAUAUUUGAGUUUAGACACUAAGCAUCCUUGGUAUUUCAAAAUAGGACGACCGCUGCCGCAAUGUUUUCCAGACAAACUCGCUUCUUUUUUGACAAUCUAAAAAAACUACUAUUGGAUUGAAUGGAUUGUAAAGGUU